AUUGAACCAUAUAUAUUGGCAAACAAUUUUUCAGCUACUCAGGAACUCUCUCAAGCCUCGACUCCAAAACCUAGCAGCAGCAGCAGCAGCUUCAAAUCCUUCGGCCAUCAGCUAUGUCUAGGAGAAAGGUUAGAGAGCCCAAGGAAGAAACUGUCACUCUUGGCCCUGCUGUUAGAGAGGGUGAACAUGUUUUUGGUGUGGCUCGCAUCUUUGCAUCAUUUAAUGACACCUUUAUUCAUGUGACUGAUUUGUCUGGAAGGGAAACCCUUGUCCGCAUCACCGGUGGAAUGAAGGUUAAAGCUGACAGAGAUGAGUCAUCCCCAUAUGCUGCUAUGCUUGCAGCACAAGAUGUUGCUGCUAGAUGCAAGGAGCUGGGAAUAACUGCCCUUCAUAUCAAGCUCCGAGCCACUGGUGGAAACAAGACAAAAACACCUGGCCCUGGUGCUCAGUCUGCCCUCCGUGCCCUGGCUCGGUCUGGAAUGAAAAUUGGCCGUAUAGAGGAUGUGACCCCGAUUCCUUCAGAUAGCACUCGCAGAAAGAGUGGUAGAAGGGGUAGAAGGCUUUAAGCUCACUUUGGCUUGCAGGAGCCUCUUUUUUGUCAUUUUAUUUUGUUCGUAUUGGAAAACAGUAGUGGCAUCUUAAAAUUUAGAUGAAGUUGAAUUUCAAUUUUCUCAUAUUGUACUUUUUGGCAUGUCAUGUCCGACUGUUUUAAUUGAGUUAAUUUAGAAUUA